UCAUCAAUUUUCAAACAUUCAACAAUGGAUCCACUCUUGGACUGAUAAAGCCAAUUUAGUCUCAACAGCAAGGAAGGAUUUUCUGAAUCUUGCAGUUAUUACUAUGUGGUUCAUAUGGAAAAGAAAUUUGGUGGAAGCCAUGGCCAGGAUCAGAAGGACAAGGGAUAUAGAUCAAACCGAAGCUUUAGCUCUCUUAUUGGCACUUCAAUGGAUACAUGAGAAGCAAUGGAGCAGAAUUAUAGUAGAGGGAGAUAAUAAAACUAUUAUGGAUGCUGUUAAGAACAAACAACUUGAUAGUGUAAGAUGGGAGGAUAAAGCUUUGCUUGCAGAAUGUGUCAACUUACUUCAAAACUUGAAGAACAUUGAGGUACACUUUGUUCAGGCUGCUGACAUACUAGCGAAAUAUGCUCGAAAACAGGUCUGCAACCAACACUGGUAUUAUAAUGUUCCUCAGUGUUAUCCAAUGUAUUAGCAAAGAAAAAGGAGGUUAAGUUUUUUUUAGGAAUUUGUUGAAGUCUGUUGUUUUCUUUAGUUUGUUCCCUGCUUUUCUAGAGUGUUUGAAGGUUUGGAGUUUACUUUGGCUGUAAUAUAGCCUACUUGGAUUGUAGUUGGUAGUUGUACCUAUUACAAUCCUGUAACUUUCUUGAGUCAGUUUGUAAUUUGGUGUUCUAGUAAUAAACUUUAUUUUCUUCAAAAAAAAAAAAAAAAAAAGAA